CGGACGAUGUCGCUGUGAGUGCCGCAGCCUCGAUCUCGAAUCGAAGGCGAAUGGCACUCCAGGCGCCCUGUGCCAUGGGAAAGCGUGAGGGACGACAUCGGAAGAGGCGCGCUAUUCCUUACGGCCUCACGGUAGUGGUGCUUUGCACCGUAUGCGUCGUGUGCUUUGCACUGCCAAGUGUGCACGAAGCCCACGUGCGUCAGAUACCUCGGCCGACAGCUGCUUUGCUGUCAGCUUUGGAGCAAGGUGACGAACAGUUGGCCCUGCAUUUGCUGAAUGAUUUCAAUCGUUCCGGGAGCUCGUUCCCGCAGCAUCGCUCCCGUCGCAGAGACUGCACUCCACUGAUGUUAGCUGCUGGUGCAGCUGGCCGCUGCUGGCCCCGCCUGGUGGAGCGGAUUUUGGACUUUGGCCUUGGGAUUCAGGCGGCGGACGUCGCGGCCGUGAGCCGUAGCGGGCGGAGCGCUGCGGACUACGCGGAGCUGGCGGGGGAAGGGGACUUGGGCGCCAGGCUGAGGAAGUUGGCCGAAAGGGAACUCAAGGAAACAGCUAAACAAAGAUGUCCAUGUUGUGGAGCUCCUGUUGGGAGGAGACCAAGGAUUGCGUCUUUAGCCGACAGGUAUAGAGCAGGCCAACAUCAAAAUCCCUUGUUGCAAGAGUUCUUUCGAAAGAAUGCGACCUGGGCCUCUCUCAUGAGGCCUGAGUUCCACACUUUCCACAAGUCAAGAAGCUUCCACAAAGAGCUAUCUGAAUCUCUUUGCAUUCUUGCAGAGAUAGAGAAGGCAUGCCCUAGUGUUCUGCAUGAUAACUGGCAUCUGAUCGACCUAUGCUGUGGCAAGUCGCUCACCAGCGCUAUUGUGUCAUCGCAAGCUCCAAACUUGUCGAUUUCAGCUGUUGACUAUGUGAGCCCAGAUGGAAUUCCUCACUACGCUGCUGCAGGCAUCCGGACAGUUUCAUACCUUCAGCAAGACUUGCUGGACAAUGGUGCUUUGCAGGUAUUGAGGGAAAGGAUUGAUGAAGUUGGCUACCCCACCAUUGUAGUUGGUCUCCACUUGUGUGGCAAUCUCAGCGUAUUUGCAGUUGAACUCUUUGAGCGUUUGGAUACACUUCGAACUUGUAUCCUCGUUCCAUGCUGUUUGCCACAUCUACGAGAUGCACCCAACACCCUGAAGCAUUUGUAUCGACGCUCUGUACCAGACGAGCAACAGUACAUGGAAUGGGCCAGUUAUUUGGAGGCUCGUUUAGCUGCAAUUCCAAAGGUCACCGUCAGCAAGACCUUCGCACCCCAUAUGAAAUCUAAGAAGCGGCUCAUCUUGACUGCCAUGAAGCAUCAUGAAUCAUGAAGCAUCAUGAAGCACUGACGCAGUAAGGACAUCACUUCGACUUGAGCUGCAAGUCUUUGCAUUCGACUCAUCGCUCGAAUCCGGAGAAGACUGAGCAGACAUCGGUCCGGGGAUCGACGAGUCUGGGGUCUUUAGAGCCAAACGGACCUCUCAAAAGCACUGGUCCCUCUCAAAGGCAGAGGCACUGGAGAUUAACGAUUAGAUUUGUGAGCCAAACGGACUCAAAGCAUCAUUGUUGCUUUCGUAUUUUGCAUUGCUGAUGUUCUC